GCGGUGUGCCUCUCAUUACAAGCGAAGUUGCUGCAUCUUUUUAGGAAGCUACAUGCUUUCUUUCGACACCCAAAGGUCGCAUGGUGUCAGGGACGCGCCUAGUCACGGGAACAGUCCGAAGCGCGUUCAUGAGGUGCAAGAUCGCGCUUUAACAGUGAAGAGUAUCAAACAGCGUGCGGGGAUCCAACGUAAUGGUUUACAUUGGGUCACAACGACCAGUCAAUGAUUUGCGCCGUGUAUUUUUUUGUUGUCCGGCGUAUAUUUUGCAAACGUCUCCUAUUUUGCACGGAAAGAAACUGACAUAGCAAACUCAUCUGUAUGAUCGGGGAGCAGGAGCACACAGUAUGGUCCGGGAAACCAGACAUUUAUGGGUGGGAAAUUUACCCGAAAAUGUACGAGAAGAGAAAAUCAUUGAGCACUUCAAGCGAUAUGGACGGGUGGAAAGUGUCAAGGUCCUACCUAAGCGGGGUUCAGAAGGUGGAGUUGCAGCCUUUGUGGAUUUUGUGGACAUUAAAAGUGCUCAGAAGGCUCAUAAUGCUAUCAACAAGAUGGGUGACAGAGACCUGCGCACUGAUUACAAUGAACCUGGCACGAUACCUAGUGCCGCGAGGGGGCUGGACGAUAGUCUGUCUUUAGGCUCUCGUGGCCGGGAUGUAUCAGGGUUCACAAGGGCGGCAGGAGGGGCCGUGUAUGGCCCCCCCACGUCGCUCCACAGCAGAGAUGGACGCUAUGAACGCAGACUAGACGGAACUGCUGAAAGUCGGGAUCGGACAUAUGAUCACAGUGCCUAUGGACAUCAUGAGCGUCCUGGUAGCAGUUUUGAACGCCAGCGCCACUAUGAAGCAGACUAUUAUCGCGAUGCAAGAGAGAGGACUCUAAGCGCAGCUGGGAGUGGUUCUGGUUCGUCCAGUGGAAGCGGUACAACUGUGUCAUCAGGAGUUGGUGGAACUAUUGUCAGUGCUGCAGCGGGGAACCCAGGAACAGGAGGUUCAGCAGGGGCGGCUUCAGGAGGAAGCGGAGGGUCCACAUCCAGUGCGGUGGGCUUCUACCGCUCCCAUAGCAGGAGCCCCUGUCGGUUUGAGACGCCAGAGCCUCGUUACGAGUCUCGUGCCAGGGAACCCUUUACUUUGGCCAGUGUGGUGCACAGGGACCUUUACAGAGAGGAGAGGGGUCGGCGAGGCGAGCGGUCGUACCGUCACAGCCGCAGCCGAUCACCGCACUCGACGCAUUCGAGAAACCCUUCCCCUCAGAGACUGGCGAGCCAAGCGACUCGGCCCCCGCGGUCCCGCAGCGUGUCCGGUUCUCGGAGCCGCUCUUCCAGUUCAGAUUCAGUCAGCAGUACCAGCAGCAGUACCAGUGGCAGUGAUUCCAGCAGUAGUUCAAGUGAUGACUCUCCGGCACGUUCUGUGCAAUCUGCUGCUGUUCCUGCACCCUCAGCACUUCCUUUAUCCUCCCUUGACAAGGAUGAACCACGUAAAAGCUUUGGCAUUAAGGUCCAAAAUCUUCCUGUUCGCUCUACAGACACAAGUCUGAAGGAUGGGUUGUUCCAUGAGUUUAAGAAACAUGGAAAAGUCACAUCUGUCCAAAUCCACGGAGCUUCAGAGGAGCGCUAUGGACUUGUCUUUUUCCGACAACAAGAAGACCAAGAGAAAGCACUGGGAGCAUCAAAGGGGAAGCUUUUCUUUGGCAUGCAAAUUGACGUGACAGCUUGGAAUGGCCCUGAGACGGAGAGUGAAAAUGAGUUUCGGCCGUUGGAUGAAAGGAUAGACGAGUUUCAUCCAAAGGCCACGAGGACAUUAUUCAUUGGAAACCUGGAGAAGACCACCACGUACCAUGACCUGCUGAACAUCUUUCAGCGCUUUGGAGAGAUAGUGGACAUUGACAUCAAGAAGGUAAAUGGAGCCCCGCAGUACGCGUUUCUCCAGUACUGUGACAUCGCCAGUGUCUGCAAGGCCAUAAAAAAGAUGGAUGGGGAGUACCUUGGCAACAAUAGACUCAAGCUGGGCUUUGGAAAGAGUAUGCCUACCACCUGUGUUUGGUUGGACGGGUUAGCUUCAAACACAACCGAGCAGUUUCUCACUCGUCAUUUCUGCCGCUAUGGACAUGUUGUCAAAGUUGUAUUUGACAGAAUGAAAGGAAUGGCUCUUAUCUUGUACAACAACAUUGAAUAUGCACAGGCCGCCGUUAAAGACACAAAGGGAUGGAAGAUAGGUGGCAGUAAAAUCAAGGUGGAUUUUGCCAAUCAGGAGAGUCAGAUGGCUUUCUAUCGCUCCAUGCAGGCUUCUGGACAAGAUAUUCGGGAUUUUUACGACAUUGUCUCAGAGAGAAGGGAUGACCGACGAACUCAGUAUGAGUUCCAGACUGAAAGACAAUAUUAUGAAAAUGUACGAACACCAGGAACCUAUACUGAAGAUCCACGUCGUAAAUAUCCCACCAGAAGUCGUGAAUUCUACACUGAAUGGGACCCAUAUCAGGGAGAUUACUAUGACCCACAAUACUUUGAAGAUCCUCGAGAAUAUCGAGAAUAUAGAACUGAUCCAUACGAGCAGGACAUUCGCAAAUACAGCUAUUUGCAACGGGAACGUGAGAGAGAGAGGGAACGCUUCGAAACAGAUCGUGGACGUGAUCAUGGGAGAAGGACCAUUGAACGCAGCCAAAGCCCCUCCCACAUCACCUCCCGUCGUCCUGCCAGCCCCACCGCUUCUCCUUCCCUUUCAGAGAGGAUACCAAGCGACUCAGACCGGCGAAUCUGUUGUCGCUCAUCUGAAAGAAGUGGCAGCUGUAGUUCAAUCUCCCCACCCAGAUUUGAAAAACUUGAAAAGGCACGCACCGAGAGGUAUACUAAAACAGAAAAACUUGAAAAAGACAGAGUUUUUGAAGUUGAAAGAUCAAAUUUGGUUGAAAAGGAGAAGAGGACGGGACGCAAAGAUCGAGGGGAGAAAGAGAAAAGUGAGAAACGGCUAAAGAAGCUAAAAGCCGGAUCACCUAUUCUUCAAGUAUGUGAGACUGAAGCUGAACUGGAAAGGGAUAUUAGCCCUGAUUCAGCCCUCAGGAGUAAAAACAGCAAAAUCCAGAAAGAAAGCUCAAGCAAAGGUAGACUUGACCUUCUGCCUUGUGUGGUGCAAUUAACACGUGUGAAAGAAAAAGAAGGAAAACUGAUUGGUCAUGCUCUCCAAGAAAAGCAAGUUCCAAGAGGUGGAAGUGACAGUCCUCGAUUAGCAUCUCCAUCAACUGACCAGAGAAGCCCUCCAUUCCGUUCAGAACCAUCCAAAGGUGAUAUCUCCAAGCAUGGGAAGGUACCCAGAGAAAAAAAUAUGCACAGCUUGGUGGAGAUUAUUGAUAAGGAUGGCAGGAUUAAAUCAAAAAAGCAUGGAAAAUCAGAAAUGGGAUUUGAUAGUUGUAUUGCUGUGGAUAUUGACCGUUUAGAAGCAAGAAAGAGGCGCUUCGAAGACUCUGGCAAAACUGAUCGACAAAAGAGAACUGGUGAAGAUGACACUGGUAGAUCUGGACUUCACAAACUAUGGAAUAAUACAAAAGAGACAGAGCUGGAUAAGCAUAUUUUAAUUAAAGGAAUGCAUAAAAAAGAGCACCACAAGGAUAAGUGUGUUCGGAUGCUUUCAGUUAAUAGUCCUAAAGAUGGACGAGACUGUGAAGGCAACUUGGAACGACAGUCGCGGCUUGGAGAUCUUCCUGAAGAUUCUGCACAUCAUAUUGAUUCUCCUUACCUUAAGAUGGACUGUGAAAGCUCAAAAAGUGAGAAUGCCUCAAGUCUUAUAAAAAUAUCAGAUGAUGCCAGCCUUGAUGUAGAUGAAUUAAAAGAACAAAAACAUGCCCUGUGUGAAAAUGAACAGGGCAGACCAAAGUGCAGAGACUCCGAUGAUGGUGACGAACGCUACAUGUUGCACAUAGACCAGACUAAUAGUUGCACGAAACAAAUUGAACAGAAUCGAUGGCUCAGACCUAAGCUAGGGGAAGCCGACAGGUUAGCCAAGUUUGAAAACACACAAACCAACGAUGCUUCUGACUUUGACAAGGAUUGUUUUUUGCGUGAUGCUGGAAAAACCAUCCAGGAUAUGGCCCAUGAUGACGUGUCUGCCUGCAAACGAAAGAAAUCUGACAGUUUUGAUUUUGAAGUAGUGAGUGCAAAAAGAGAACGUAACUUUGCUCAAAAGCUCAAUGAGGACAUUUAUCAGAGUUUAACAUCUUCAUUAGGAGGCGGCCACUUUUCUGCAAACGAGGAUGAUGAAACUGCUCAGAUUUCACUUUCUGUUAUUAAUAAAGAGAGGAAAUCCUCACCAACAACGGAUGACAAAUAUUCAUAUGCAGAGUCAUUAAAAAACAGUUUUGGCCUCUCAUCCAAACAUUUCCAGAAUUCUGACACCGAGCUCCCCAAACUUAAAACAACUCUGCUUGGAUGUGAUGAAGACUUAAUGCAACAUUGGGAAAGAAGGAUAAAGUCUGAUUCACUUAGAAUGGAAAUGACUUUUCCAAGUGAAAUUGCAAAACGUGACAGCAUUCACAAGCGCCUUGGCCAUGAUUUGGAACCAGGAGAAGUACAGUCCGAUUCAGAUGAUGAUGGUGAAAACAAACAUGUGUCUCCCAAGUCAAGUAGCUCCUUGUCUUUUAUUCUAAGGGAACGGGAUGAGAGGAUGACUGACCUGAAGCUUUCAGGCUCACUGGAAAAGAAUAAGUUUUAUUCCUUUGCAUUAGAUAAAACUAUAACUCCUGAUACAAAAGCACUCCUCGAAAGAGCCAAGACACUGUACUCCUCCAGAGAAGAUAAUUGGUCCUUUCUGCCCUCACGCUUUCCAACAUCCCAUAGCUGUUCAGACAAAGAUAAAGUGGAGCUAGCACCUCGACCUAUUCCGUCUUGGUAUAUGAAAAAGAAAAAGAUCCGUACUGACUCUGAUGAGAAACUGAAUGACAAAAAGGAGGAUCUUAAACCACAAGACCAGGAGCGGCAUGAACUAUUUGCCUCUCGCUUCCUGCACAGUUCUAUCUUUGAGCAGGAUUCCCGUCGUUUACAACAUCUUGAACGUAAAGACCAAGAUUUAGAGUCUGGAGUUUCUAAAUCUUCUAAGCCGGGUGCUAUGGAGGCACAGCCUGAAUCUGGUGGAGGUGACAUUCCGCAAGAACCCAUUGUGCUUUUCCAUAGUCGGUUUUUAGAGCUUCAGCAACAGAAGGACAAAGACCAUUCUCCACCCGAGAAUGAAUCAGUAGUGGUAGAGAUUAAAAGAGAUGAUGUUCAGAAUUGUGAUAAUGUGCAGUCUGAAAAAGUGUCUGAGCUAGUAGUGAAAAGUGAUGACAAAUCAGCCAGUCCACCACAAACUUUGACUGUUUCCCCAUCUGUUCCCUUCCCUAAAGAGAUGUCUCCAUCAGACAAAAAAGAAGCAUUAACACCAUCUACAGAACAUUCUGUUUCAUUUGUAAAAGAGGAAAAACUGGAAUCAGUUUUGGAGGCAUCCCCUCCUCCUCCUCCUCCCCCUCCUCCUCCUGUAGAAGAAUUGAAAUCAUUUGCUCCUAAAGUAACCAUAACUCCUCCACUUGUUGAUUUGGAGCCAGAACCUGAAAUUGAAACAAAAGUAGAGUUAAAUGAAACUAAAGUAAAAAUGGGAGAUAGUUUGGCAGUAGAACAUUCUGAACAAGAAAAGCCCCUGACUCCUGGUGGUUCCUUAAGUAGCUUUGAGAAAGAGACUGCAGAAUUCCCUUACUCUGACUAUCCAAAAAUUGAAGAAAAAUCUGAUGUUAUCAAGACUGACUUUAAAGCAGAAACUCAAGAUGUAAAAAUAGAAAAACAAGAAAUUAAACAUCCAGAAGGAUCUCCAAAAAUGGAGAUGGACUCUGAGGUGUGCAUGCCAGAGCUGGAGGCAGAAAUAAAACCAGUACCAAACCGCAGACAACCUAAGAGUAAGCGUACAAAGUCACUGUCAGUGUUACGCACUCAACAAGCUUCUCAGACUGCUGCCAGUGAAAAACCUGCCACUCGGAAGAGUGAACGGAUUGACAGAGAGAAACUUAAAAGGGCCUCAUCCCCUCGAGCUGAAGUACCCAAAACAUCAUUUGAGUCAAAAACCACAUCCAAGUCACCAAUUCAUGCAUCAGAUUCUGAACAAAACCUUGAGUCUAGUUUGAUCCAUGGGAGAACACGUCGUAGGAAUGUAAGGUCAGUCUAUGCCACCCUACAUGAAGGAGACCAAAGUGGCAAAGAAACUGUUGAGCCACCACGCUCAAUGCGCAAACGUGGUGCAGACAAAGAGCCGGUACAGCAAGAUGUUCAAAUUGCACCAACUAUUGCUAGACGUGGACGGCCCCCUAAAAGGGGAGUCAAAAGAGGUGAAGAUGUAUCACCAGUGAAAGUAGAUCAACAGAAAAUAAUGGAAGAUGACACAGAGGUCAGAGAGACCUCAGCCACUGUGGAGGUAGUGAAACCCACUGAAGGAUGGCGCUCACCCCGCACCCAAAAAGUACAGCAAACGCAAGUGUCUUCAUCUGCUGGAACUCCACUUAACAGAAAAGGAAGUAGAACAGAAAAACAGUCUAGUAACACUGCAGUUUCCACUGAACAAACUGAAGUAGCAAAUCAUGAGGAGUCAGAGCUCAAGCCAAAAGCUGAAAAUGAAAUAUUCUCAAAGGUAACAGAAAAGGCAGAAAACACAGCUUCACUUGUUCAAAGAAAGGAAAAAGACUCAAAAGAUUCAGGGGGAAGGAAAUCUGCUGAUGAAGAUAUUGAAAGGAUUGAUAGCAGCCCCUCUGAAAAGGUACAACAGCCUGAAAAGACUGUUAAGAUGAAAACUCCAAGGUUGAAAAGAAAUACCAAACAGAUCACUGAAGACAAAUCACACAGUUUAAAAAAUCUUGAGAUCCGUGUAAGUGUUGAUGAUGUGAAAGGGUUAUUGCGUCCAGAGGAUGAUGCACCUGAGUCAUGUGAAACUCCUGCUGUUACAAAACCCAAGAUGGUAAUACAUGAAAAGGACGAAACAAAAAUCAUGAGCCUACCCAAGGAAUCAAAAGACAUUGGUGCUCAGGAAAAGGAAGACACACUGUCUGAAUCUGAAUUUCCAGCGGAUCCAGCUGCUGCUCUCUUAGCCCGGCAGAUGGAAUUGGAGCAGGCAGUGGAGAAUAUUGCCAAACUGACAGUUGAACAACCUCCCCGGCCCUAUAAGGAACCACCUACAGGAACACCGGCCAUAUUGCCUCCUGUCAUAGUGGAGCCAGAAGGAGAGGUUGAGGAGGAAAAGAGAGCUAAUCCAGCAAGUGAAACUGAACUCGCAGCAGCAAUCGAUUCCAUUACAGCUGAAGAAACAUGUGCAGAUACAGAUGGAUUCACAGCUGCUCCUACUUAUACUGCCCUUAUUCCUACCCCUGAGACCUUAAUUUCCCCUUCGUCCAAUGAAAUUAUGGAACCUGAAACGCACAUGGUGAUCAACAAUAUUCUUGCAGCAGACUCAGAUGAUGGUCCCCUGUCACCCAGUCCAAAGGGACCAGUGGCAGAGUCUAAGGCUGUCGAAGACCUUUCUCUUCUUGAAACACCCAAGAAAACAGGCAAAGUUCGAGCAAAGACACCAAAGAAGCCCAGGGGUCGUAAAGGGGUAGCUAAUAAAAAAGGGGACAUUGCUGAAGAGGUUGUACAACCCCAGCCCUCACCAGCCAAGCUACCAGAGUCAAUCCCAGAAGAUCCAGAAACUAUUAAUUCUAAAGCAAUUACAGUUACAGCUGGUGCAACUGCAGCAGCCUCUGUUGUCACUGCUGUUGCAACUUGUAGGCGUGAUGUUACAAGUGCUAUAACUGUAGACACACCCAAAGAGGCAGAACAGCCUGAAGUUGAACAGCCAGUGCCUAAAGAAUCUGCUUUUCACUCAGGCACAAGCAACAUCUCCACUUUUAAAAAGCAUCCCCAACCAACAGAACCAUCUACCCCUACUGUUGCCCCUGCUCCUGCCCGACCACAACCUGUAUCCCAGUUCAAUGUGCCCGUGUUGCGGCCUGCCAAAAUGCCCCUUUCUCCAGACUGGCCUCCUAGAUCUGAAGACAGUAGAAUCUAUGUUGCUCCCUCAUGUCAUGUCACAGUGGUAACUCCCACUGUACCAGCAUCUGCUGCACUUGGAACUCCUUCUGCAAAUCCCCCAAUGCCCCCAGAUACAAAGGCCUCUGAUAUUGACCCUAGUUCCAGCACCUUACGAAAAAUUCUUAUGGAGCCUAAAUAUGUGUCUGCAUCAAACAGUACGGCUAUUCCUACCACUAUGGUGACAUCCGCCCUCUCUGAUCCUUCACGGAUGUCAGAGAAUGAAAAUCCCGCUGAUACAGUACGUUCAAGACAGUUGCAUCCUGAGGAGAGACCACCGCUGCCCCCUCAGCCAACACAUCACAAACCUUCACCUCUGACAGAGUCCCAACAGAACUGUGGAGAGAAGUCACAGCAUACAAUUAUUUCUUCUCCUGCUACCUCAGUUAUAAGUCGGAUUCCAAUGCCUUACGAUACAGAGGAAACUCCACGGAUUUCUCUAAGCAACAGAAGCAUUGGCUUAUCUAUUCCCAAACAGAAAUUUAGAUCAAACUCUAAUGAGAAUAAUCGUUACCAUGGCAUGGAUAUAGUGGAGGAUGGAAAUAGAGGGCGCUCUUUAGUUGAGACUACUCCAUACAGCACAGGCUCCAGUCCUGGUCUAAGGGUCAACACAUCAGAAGGGGUUGUUGUUCUGAGUUAUUCAGGUCAAAAAACUGAAGGACCUCACAGAAUGAGAGCCAAAAUUAGCCAAAUUCCUCAAGCAAGUGCUGGUGAUGUAGAGUUUCAGCAAGCUGUAUCCAAAUCCCAGAUAAAACAAGAACCACUCAUUCCAUCAUCUCAGUCACCUUCCCCAAAAGUAGCCCCAGCUCACUCAGGCUAUGGGCACUCAGGGGUUUUAUUAACCAGUCAGUCCUACAACUCUCAAAAUGUAAUUUCAAGUAUCAAGCAGGAGAGUCUUGGAUGUGAUAAAUCUGAAGCCCCGUACCACACAACAUCCCAGGGUGGAGUGGUAAAAAUGUUCCAACAGCCAGUAAGUUCUCCUCAAGUCUUGAUGUAUAACCAAGCUGUGAUACAGCAGCAGCAUGGCAAGCGAGGACUGGUAACAGAACCUCUACCAAAAAAGAUGGACAUUAGCAAAAGUGUUCAGCAGUCUAACCUCAGCCCAGUUAUGAGCCCACAUCACCCAACAUUAUCUGGGGCCCGCAUGAGCCCCAGUCCUGGUAUCACAAGUGAUCGGUCAGCCCUACACCUGAAACAGGAACCCCAGUCCCCACGGACAGCUGUUCACUCCCCUUCACCCUUUGUCAAAUCCUGUCCACCCAGCAGUUCUCCAAUUGGAACUUCUGUUGUUCUGGGUCACUCAAUGCCUCCAAUAUCUACAUAUCACUCUAGUAUGCAUCAUCCACACUCAGAACAGUCCUCCGUCAUAAUUCAACCUCACAGUGUCACUCAGGCAAUGGCUCAUGAGGCCAGGAUGAACACCCCACCAGUUUCUGGGAUGAAUUAUGGAAGGCGAAGUGACUCCCAUCCAUCUUCCCACACAGGGCCGCCACAGCGUUCAAAUACGCCACAGCCCAAUGUCAUCCGAGAUAUGGUACUGCAGUCUCACUCAAGUCCCCAGGGGUCAGUGUCGACUGGUGUAGUCAGCAGUGGAAGUGAAGAAGACCCCAGGCAGUUUAAUCAAGCCCUUAGUCGGCCGUCUGUGCCGCAGCUACAGUCUGACGUAAUGAUCAUGCACAGUGACCACAGAGGGCUUCAUCCAGGCAUGCGCAUGGACCAGUACAGAGACAUGCACCAGCGGAUCCUCAUGCACCAGCAACUGGGAGAGCAGGUUGCUGCAGAAACAAGACAGCCACGCACCUCUGAGCCCGGAACGACCUCUUCAAGUAACAUCUCGGGGCCUCCAAAGAGUUCUCUGGUGUCAAAGAGCAUCGAUCUUUCAGCGAAAGAAUCUCUCAAACCUCUGGAAGGGAAGCUCAUACAUCCACCCUCCAGUGAGAGCAGGAUCAGAGGAGUUCACGGAUCUAGUCCGGUCAUGGUCUCUCCUCACCCUCAUGGAGUUCAGCUAAUGCACCCAGGAGGCUCAGGUUCUUUUCCGGUUUAUAGGGACAUGCGGAGCUUCCCAUCCCAGUUUCCAGGACAUUCGUCAUCUGGGCACAACCUGGCUGCUUCACAGGUCCCUCCAGAGCCAGAGCUGAGUCACAGGGGGAAAGUGUCUCAUUCACAUGGGGGAGGAAGUGAUUCCAAGCCUGACAGUUCUCAUCUUCGUCAUGCUACCUCUACAGAUUUUUCACACAUGUCCCGCAUACAUAGGGACACAGUGUCCCCCUCUUACCAGUCUCCCAUGUCUUCACCUAUGACGUCUCCUAUGGGUCUCACUCACAAGCAGGAGGUGUCUCUACAGAAAGGCCCCCCCGCCUUCCUGUCAACACCUCCGCCCCCAAGUUCACUACAGCCUCGGACCGACGCUAAGUUGGAACACACAGGACAUCGUUCCAUUGACAUGGUGCAGCUUUUAACGAAAUAUCCAAUUGUGUGGCAAGGCCUGUUGGCACUGAAGAACGAUCAGGCUGCUGUCCAGCUGCACUUUGUUUCUGGCAACACAGUGCUAGCCCAGCGUUCCCUGCCGCCCCCUGAGGGAGGUCCUCUUCUCCGCAUCGUCCAGAGAAUGAGGCUGGAGGCUUCUCAGUUGGACAGUGUGGCACGCAGAAUGACUGUGGACAAUGACUACUGUUUGCUACUCGCUCUACCCUGUGGUCGAGACCAGGAGGACGUCCUGGGUCAAACCCAUGCCUUGAAAAAUGGCUUCAUCACUUACCUUCAAGCCAAACAGGCAGCUGGCAUCAUCAACGUCCCCAACCCCGGCUCCAAUCAGCCCGCUUACGUGGUGCAGAUUUUUCCACCGUGUGAGUUCUCGGAGAGUCACCUCUCUCGCCUGGCUCCAGACCUUCUCAACAGCAUUUCCAGCAUCUCCCCUCACCUCAUGAUUGUCAUUGCCUCUGUUUAAUUACCUCCAUGUUUUUCUGAACAAAGCCAACACCAGCCCUUUUGGACUAAUCCAGUUUUGAAAACGGGAACUGCCUCAUUUUUCUGAGUUUGACUCUUGACUUUUUUUUUUUUUUUUUUUGGAUCUAAUUUAGCAUGCACUCACUUUCUCUCCUUCACUUCACCAAGUCCUUAAUUCACCCAGUGACGAUGAAUUCCAAAAACUCUACCUUCAUUUACGUACAUGAAGGGUCGAAUGGGGACUUUUGAUGAUCACUUCUGAUUGCUCAUGACAUUUUUGCCAUUUUUGGAGUUGUUGUGCAUAGCCUUUUUGUAAUUCAUAGCAUCCAAAAGCUAUGGAUUGAGACGUUCCUAUGGGAUAUUUUUUACCUUCAUAAAGUGAUUGUGUUUUUUUUAUUUUGAAGAAAUGAUGUGAUAAGUCAUUGCACUAUAUUAAGGAAAAAAAAUUGUGAACUCUGUACAGUUUUGGGUAUAAAAUGAUACAUGUUUUGGAAUUACUGUCAUGAUCAGCCAUUCUUGCGCAAGAUAAAAGAAAAAAUCAUUGCCUAGAAAAUGAUUUGCGCCUAUCAGUCGUACUGCUUCAGCUCCAUCACCAUCAGCCAAGCUCUAUUUAAUGAAUAUCCAACGAUCCAACUCUGUAUCCUGAAGUGUUCCCGGCCCCAGGAACUCCAGAGGGGACCUUUUGGAGUUGUACAGUUUACACUUAAUGCCUCAACAAGGGGACUAUAAAAUUAAUAUUUAAUUUUGUUUAUUUUUGUUUGCAUCUUCUUGAAACCUAAGGGUAUUGUGGACAAUUGUGAAAUUGUAAAUAUUAUAAAUAUUUAAAGACGGAAGCAUUGUGGAGAGACCAAGUGAAUUAUUUUAAGACAGAUCAUCAGAUCAAUGUUUUCUUUUUUGUGUUUGUUUGUUUGUUUGGGCAGGGGCAAGGAGGGGACUGAUGGGAUGGAUCUGUAGGGGAUCCGCAAGGGAUAUUCAUAAAACUAUUUUGUAAAUUGAUUAUGUGCCAAAACGUCUUUUGCAAAAGCUCAACACGCAAUGUAUCUUAAAAAAAAAAAAAAGGAACCUAUUUUCAUAUGUGACUUUGUAUUUUGCCAUUCAAAGGGCAGACUUGAUCCCCCAUGUUUUUUGUUUUUGUAUUUUUCAUCAGCAGUUCUGUUCAUACAGUGCUUUUACAUUAUGAAACUGUAUCCUGAUUUUGAAGGAACCAUUUCAUUUUAAAGGUUGCGUUUCUGUUUGAAAUCCUGUGUUCCCUCUCCUCUAUAUGGUCCUCUACUGCCCCCUGCUGUCUGAAAAUCAUCCACCCACAUAUUUGGGACUAAAGUACGGUUUGAGGUCAGUGAAGCUGCAGCUUUGUGACCCGUGUACUCCAGCAUGCUUUCUUUUGAAAUCAUAACGAGUAACGUAAAAUCAUAAUGGCGAAGAAUGUGACUUGAACUUGACAUCAUGCCGCUAUUGGAUGUGUUAAUCAUCUGUUUCCAUCCCUCCUCCUAACUCUCUCCUUGAGCCAAGCUGUAUAUAUUAAUGUCCUUAAUCUGUGCUCUUGUGUAUUUUCCCCUUUAUAAUUGUCUUUCUUCAGGGUCCUUACUUUUGUUUUGUGCAACAAAACAAAGCAGUCUGAAAGAGACAGGAGAUGAGGCGUUUGAAACCGAUGCUGAAAGUAAAACCAUGCUUGUCAGUUUUAUGGUGUAAAUAUUUCUCUGACUGCAAGCUGAAUACGCUCAUGGUUAUGUUGAAGGCACUUAUAAUUUUUAAUAAACAAAAUUAAAAAGAAAAUACAAAAAAGUCCAAACUUAAAACGGUGAUUAAUAUGAAAACUGUCUUUUGAUCAAUCUUCAUUUUGAGUGUAUUUUGCUGUUCCUCCAUGAGGACAUUUUAAACUGUAAAAUAAAUGGUUGUUUAACUUACUUCUGCAGAUCAUUAAAUGGUCCAUUAAUCUGG